AUGAAUUCUGUUGCUCAACGGUUAAUUUAUUGCAAGCACGGAUUGUUCGCCGACGAUAAAUAUAUACUCUUGCACUUCUUUUUAUAUCAGUUGAAUGAAGCUGUUUGGCAAGUCAAUGUUGAUGCACAAUCAGUUGCUGACUGGGCAAAAGAGCAUGGGUUGGAGAUAAACUUGUCUAAAACCAAAGUUAUGAUUUUGGGUUCAAAUAGUAAAUUGAAACAACUUGAGGACAUAGAUCUACCACCUGUAGUUGUAAAUGGUGUCAUAAUACCCUACGUUAACUCUACUAAGUGUUUGGGAAUCAAUAUAAGUAGAAACUUAUCUUGGAAUUAUCACGUUACUCAGACAGUCAGUAAAGUGAAUUCAGCUCUGCAUUGUCUUAAAGUACGGAAAAACAUCUUCUCAUUCCCAAUCAGAAAAUUAUUAGUAUCAGCAACCAUUUUACCGCUAAUUGAUUAUUGUACGGUUGUACUGAUAGAUUCAACAUCUGACAAUAACACAAAACUUCAGCGUGCAAUGAAUUCCUCAAUGCGAUUUAUCUUUAAUCUGAAGAAAGAUGAGCAUAUCACUCCUUAUCGACGAGAACUUGGAUGGCUAUCUGUAAAGUUUCGUCGAAUGUACUAUAUGAGUUGUUAUUUUUAUAAAUUACUUCAAGUUGAGAAACCCAAGUACCUGCGAGAGCUGUUCAUAGAAGACACUGAUGUCAGACGUUCCAGUAGGUUAGCAGCUAAAAAACAUUCCUUUUUCAAAUUACCUCAUUUUGCUACUACCUAUAUGGAGCAUUCAUUUAUAGUAACUGUGAUUCGUCUGUGGGAAGAACUACCCGAUGAAAUUGUGAAUUCGAGUAGCAGUGAAGUGUUUAAAAAUAAAGUUUUUGAUUACUUACUGAAUUUGGACAAUUAA